UUAUGAAGUUUUUACUUUGACAAAACGUCAAAACCGUCAUUUAUCAUAAAAUUUUGGUGAAGUUUCGUCUUCUUUAUAAUUUAUCCCCUAUAUCCGCACUGUAAAGAGUGGCAUCAAAUAUAUUCCAGCAAAGUUUGAUCAAUAAUCAAACAAUUCCAGUUGUAUUCUCAUCAUUUUCCUAAUUUUAUUGUUUUUCAUCAUAAAACCCACAAAACAAAAUGUCUGACGGUAAAGGUGAACCCACAACGAGCCCAUUACACCUCCUAACCACCAAAGAAGACAAAAAGAAGAUAGCACCCGCAUUAAGGACCAAUCAACCAAAUCCAUACUAAUCUCAUGGGCGAAAACACAAAAAAUGAACAGCAUAACAAAACCCACACGAAUUGCUCUCCCAAGCCCCAAACCAAUCCCAACCCAGUCCGAAAUCACCGUCAAACAAUUCCUGGAUGUGCUAAAAACAGCUUAUCAGAUGCAUGAUAACCUAGACACGUUUCUACUUAAAAAAGAUUGGAUCAGUUUAAAAGGUCUAGGAAGUAAGAUAAGUACCAUACCUAAAGGUAUACCAUCACCUGCAUUGAAACCCAUCGAAGAACCACCUCAAAACCCAUCCGAAGAUCAAAACAUCGACGAAAUGGAAAUCCAGCUACAAUCACGCCUUGCCCACGUCCUGAACGAAGGCAUCAUUGAUUCUGUCCUGCCAUUAAUGGUACCAGUACAAGGAGGUACCACCAAAGUGUCAAAACCCACCAGGAGACCAUCUGUUAUACCAAAAAGUGCUUCAUUAGAUAAACUCAGCUGUACCAACCUCAAAAAAUCCACAAGCACACAAGACAUCAAAACAGAAUCCAAAGUAGCUAUACAUGUCUUCGAUGAAAUCAAAGGCCUCAAGAAGGAUUUCCUAUGCAAUCAGGUGUUACUCGUUGAACACAUGGGUUACUUCGCUGAUGUAACUAAAGAUCAGCGAUUGGAAGAUAUGGAAAUCACUGUACACUGCGACAUAACAAUCUUUGAGUGGUUAAUGAAGUAUAUCAAGAGAGAUGUUGUCCUACCAGGUGAUGAACCUGUCUUGGAUGUGUCGAACACAGUGUCUAUCUUGGUCAGUGCUUCAUUUCUUCAAAUGGAACCACUGGUUAACGAAUGUCUGCACUUUUGUCACAAGCAUAUGAAUGAUAUCAUCAAGACAGCGAGUAGUUUGUCCAGUUUGAAUGAUACUAUCUUGUCUAGACUGGCUGCGAUGUACACCAACACAGAGGUUGAGACAAUCAAAGACAGAAAGGACAAGAUUCAGUCGAAGUUAUACUGUAAACUCAUUCAGAGUCUGUGUGAGAUUGAUGGUGAGGCACUCAGAGGUCACUACUGUACAAUGGCAAGGGUCUACAGGUGUAACUGUCAGCAGUUGAUUAAUCCAAAGUAUGGAAGUCAAAUUCCAUGUGUACCUGCUUGUAUGCAGCUGCAAUUUGAUGGUACCAUCGUGAAUCACCAUCAGAUUGAUACCAGCUGGGAUAUUAAUGAGUAUAUUAGUCAUUUGUAUAAAGUUUUGAAGAGUUGGAGGAAGGUUUACUGGCGGGUAUGGGGUGCAUGUCAUUUUUUGUAUUGUACAGCUUGUAAAAGGUACUUCCCUGCUUGGCAAGAGGGAUGGUGCAGGUACCAUCCGGAUCAGCCACAGUUUUUCACUCUGGAUCCACAGAAACCUGCGUUGCCUGUUGGGAGGUACCCUUGUUGUGGGGAACGCGCUUACCGAUUCGAGAUUUUAGAUGAUCGCACUGGUUGUCAGUUCAGGGAUCACACCAUCUCGACUACGGAGAUAAAAGACGCCGCCAUUGUUGCGUUUCUAGAUAAUAUGCGACAUUUGAUUGUGGAGGUACCUCCAAAGUUGGUAUUCCCUGAUCGGUUGACCAGGUUAAUAGCAAGGGAACCCACCGAUGCAGAUGAUAGUAAAUUAGAGAGUAAAGAGUCUUUCUGGUGGGAUGGGUUACAAAUAGUCCCACCAAGACCUAAAUUAGGGUUGUUAAGUGAAUUGGUACCCUGUGAUACUAAUGAAGAUCAAGGUGACCUUGAGGAGGAAAGUGAGGAGGAAACAAGGAGUGAUACCAGUACUUCUGGUACCACUACAUCGGAAAGUGAAGAGUCUGGACCUACAAAACACAAGAUUCGUGGUAAACCAAAGAAAAAAUUAUACGCCCUUCAAUGGCAGGUGAAUUUAUCAUGCAGGAGUAACCAGGACCUGCAAAGGUUACACGAGGAGAUUACCUUCAAGAAAAUGGCGGCCAUUAUAAAUUCCAGAACAAAACUAACCUCUGAGAUAGAAAGCAGUAAAAAUUCAAAGUCUAAUAAACCUGGUGGGAUCUGGGUAAGGUUAGAAGCAGAUUGGCGUGAGAAAAACCUACCAGCUGUAAGUAAAGCAAAAAAUACCUACAAUGGUAAGGUUAGGAUGAAGUCCAAUCGACUUACAUGAAACAUCAUCAUGCCUGGUACCACAUCAAGGGUACCAGCUGAUUAGUAAUGUAUAAAAAUAUAUUGUGUAUAAUAAAUAUUGCUUAAUAUUAA